ACACGGAAGCGUUAGAAGCAUGCACAGUAAGUGAUCUAGACCAGCAAAUAGAGCCAUAAACGCUGUAUAUCCUUGUUUAUUUUUGUAAAAUGAUAUAUAUAUAUAUAUAAACUGCUAGUAUAAACACGUUCUCUAAGGAUCUUGUUAACGUCUUCCGAACUGAGCAAUGCCUCUAGUCCCUGCGAACCAGCCGCAGCUGAUCCGCUCGUGUCAGAAGGAUGAGUUCUACCAGAACAACCUGACAAACAACGCCAAUGAGCUCGUCCACACCUUUGCAGGUUCCAGACGUUGGCUACAGUGCAGAAAGGAAAUUGAAUUACUAUCUGAUCUGACCUACUAUGUUCUAACAACUUUAUCUGGAUAUCAGACCCUGGGUGAGGAGUAUGUCAGCAUCAUCCAGGUGGACCCCAGCGAGAGAAGAAUCCCCUCGCGAAUGCGCCGAACGGCACUUAUCUUCUUCCACACAUUUGUGCCUUAUCUUAUGGACAAGGUCUUGAUCUGUGUUGAGAAUGAGUUGGAAGCAGAAGCUCCUCAGAACUCGCAGCACCAGACGAGCAGAGCCUGGAACCCGUUAUCACAUGUGCGGUUCUGGAUUCAGAGAGCUGUGGGGAUCCUGACUGAGUCUCAGAGGAAGUCUUUGAUUCCGCUUGUGUUUGCCCUGCAGCAGGGAAUCACUCUUCUGUACAGGCUACAUGUGGCUGUCUUUUACAUCAGUGGAGCCUUUUACCACAUCGGUAAAAGAGCUGCAGGUGUUACUUAUCUAAGAGUGGGGAAUGUGUCUGGCGAUGACCCAAGGAUCAGUAACGGUUACCGUCUGCUAGGUGCGCUGUCCCUUCUACAGCUGGGCGUCACUCUGACACUGCAGUUUAACAACCUCAAGCAAAGACAGAGAGCACGGCAGGAGUGGAAACAGCACAGAAACCUUCUCCCCAGUCCUCAGGUCAGUGAGUCAUCGUCUCGCUCUUCACGCUGUAUCUUAUGUUUGGAGGAGCGCAGAAACACCACUUGUACUCCCUGUGGUCAUCUCUUCUGCUGGGAGUGCAUUACUGAGUGGUGCAAUACCAAGACCGAAUGCCCGCUUUGUCGAGAGAAAUUCCAGCCUCACAGAUUGGUUUAUCUGAGAAGCUACAAGUAGACGUUUGGUUGAUCAAGAUUAUGAAAUUUAACACACCUUGUGUUUUACUUUCCAUCAUUGUUUGUAAAACUUACUGUAAUUAGUGUUUAAAGAUCACAUGACUUGGAAAUUACAUUUUGUAUUUUGUAUGAAAUGGACAAUGAAUUCAAAUUUCUUCCUGAAAUUUGUCAAUUUAAUUUGAUUAUACAGAUUAUUUAACGGUAAUUGUAGCAUUUCUCAAAUAAAAUAAGAUAUUUUUACUAAA